AUGUGUUCCUUCGAGUCAGUCUGUCGGAGCUGGGGGUUCACACCCACAGCGAUUCUGUUUGUGACCUUUUUCCGCCUCGUCCGGGCCAUUCAAUGUUUCUACUAUUUCGCCUCCCGUGGUGGAUUGUCCAUUUUCACGGGCUAUAAGGACUUCAUAAAGGGCUGGGUAGAGGGUUUUGUAGUGGUGGAGUUGAAGAAGGAUUCUGCUUCUGAAGUGAAGAUGGACCAAAUCAAGCCUCCUAAGAAUUUUACAUUUUCCUGGGAGAGCAUGAACGCGGCUCUGGAUGACCUCCUGGCUAGGCGAUUCGUGGGAGAGGCUACUCAAAGGGUGGUCGAAGUCAUCUCCUCCAAGUCGGCUAGCCGGCCCCCUGUCCCAACUCCUUCUCGAGCUCCCAAGCCGAGCUCCCGAAGUAGCAAGUCUUCUCGGCCAUCUAGCCGUAGCAGAUCGAGCUCGGCUCCUCAGUCCUCCCAAGCCCCCCGGUCUCGACGGAAUUCUAAUGAAGGGAUGGAAGAGGCUCUAGGGGUCAUCUCUAGGCCGGUUGAAGGCACCGAGCUGGUGAGGACGGAUCCUGUCCUUCCUUCUGAGGAGGUUCCUGAGGUGAGGCUGGAGACCUCCGCCGCUGAGGAGAGGGCUUCGGAAAAAGGAAUGGAGGUUAUCCCGGCGGGCAAAGGUUCCCAGGAGGCCCCUCUUGGGGUUAUCCCUACUUCCGAGGGAAUGGGGCCCGGACCCAUUGAUGGUGGGGAUGUCGCAGUGAAGGUCGGGGGCAAGCGUCCUGCUCCAGCCGAAGUGCCUGCCCCGGUUUCCGUCCCUAAGAAGUCUCGGGCUUUUAGAAGACCGGCUCCAGCCCUCCCUCCUCUCGAGAAGAAGAAAGAGGCUCCCGUGGUGCCCCUGUUGUCUGCUCCUGACAACGACAUUUUGAACGCGGAGGAUAUUACUCAUCAAACUCCAGCGAGCGUUGUAGCGGAGAUCUUGAGGGAGCAGAUGUUCAGUGGGAUCACGGAGGCUUCGGACCCUCGUCUGCUUACUCUAACUGGCCUUUUGGCUGGUUUUACUCGAGAGCAAGCAGCAUUUCAGUCUCGACCUCGAGGGGAGCUCGGAGAUAGAAUCAGGGAGAUGCUCCUGAUGAGAGAAGAAGCCCUAGCUCAGGUCGUAGUCCUAGAGCAAGAGCUGAGCAAGCAAGCUGACAGCAUUAAGGGCUUGACCUUGGCGGCAGAGGAGUCCAAACUUCAAAAUCAACAACUCUGCCAACAAGUCAAUGCUUUGGAGAAGAGGUGCUCAGCCUUGCUCGAAGAUGCCAAGCUGGCUGAGGAUAGAGUCCAGCUGGAGUGCGAGGAGCGCUUAAGGGAGUACAAGGAGUCGGCUGAGCUCAAAAAAGAGAUUGAACAGGCCUGUAAGGCUCAUCUUCAGAGCUAUAAGGACUCUUCGGAGCUGAAAGCCAAGAUAGCUGAGGCCUGCAAGGAGCGACUUGCGGAAUUUAAAGCCUCUAGCGAGAUGAAGACGGCCAUAUGGAAUAAGGGCUUCAGCAUGUUCGUCUCUGGAUACAAUCGAGGCCUGAGGACUGCCAUAUAUGCCCCCUCCACCUCGUUGGCUGAACUCCGAGCUGCUGAGGAGGACUAUGAUGGCGAGGAGGUGCUAUACAGGGAGGAUGACAGACCCUUGCCUAAAGGAGCUUCUCGCACUACAGCUGGGCCUUCUGAGGCAAACACCGAGCUGGGGAAGGGAGAUGAAGGUGCUAGGCCUCAGGGGUAG